AUGCUACUCCUAGAUUUUCUGCUCCAAGACCAGUUCCCAUAUGCAUUGAAAACAAGCUGUGGAACUGAAAUUAGAAGGUUAGAAAGUGAAGGUUCAUGGGAAAAGGUAGACUAUUCAGAUUGGUCUACACCAUUAGUUCCAAUUGUUAAGGACAACGGUCAAGUUAGGUUAUGUGGAGAUUACAAGGUGACAUUAAAUCCACAAUUGCAAGUAGCACAACAUCCAUUGCCAAAUCCUAAAGAUAUGUUCGCAACUUUGUCAGGAUGCUCAGUAUUUUCUAAGAUAGAUCUUAGACAAGCAUUUCAACAACUAUCCAUGGAUGAAAAUUCCAAAAGCUUAUGUACUGUAAACACACAUUUAGGGCUGUAUCGUCCAAAAAGACUUCCCUAUGGUGUUGCUAGCAGUCCAGCAAUAUGCAGCAAACAUGGACAAAAUAUUUGCAGGAUGUCAGAGUAUUCAUUUUCAUUGAUGACAUAA